UCGCACUUACGGCUUGCCGUACGCGCGGUGAAGACAGUACGCGGCGGGAGAGCUAAUGUGUUCUUAAACUCGUACCAGAGCUGUUCAUAAAGCGCAUUAAGUCAAGCAAACUGAGUCCAUUCAGCCGUUUUUUUUUGUUUUUCUUAAAAAAGGCAUCGGGUUUGGUUAAACCGGAAAUGUUUGGUAGUUAAUAGAAUAGUGGUGGCUCUUUGUUGGAGGUAGUGUUGCUUUUAAAACAUUCCCCGGGAAAGUGGUUUGAACGUUUGCCGUUGGAUUUAUUUGCUAGCCUCGUUUUAGCCACAGUGCUCCAGCAACAAUGGCGAAGGUGCAGGUGCUGAAUGUGGCUGUCUUGGAUAACCCGAGUCCCUUUGGAAACCCCUUUCAGUUUGAAAUAACCUUUGAGUGCAUGGAGGACCUUCCUGAAGACCUAGAAUGGAAAAUCAUCUAUGUUGGUUCAGCAGAGAGUGAAGAAUAUGACCAAGUCCUUGACUCAGUCCUGGUUGGCCCUGUACCUGCUGGGAGACAUAUGUUUGUAUUUCAGGCUGAUGCCCCAAACACCGGAUUGAUCCCUGAGAGUGAUGCCGUAGGUGUAACUGUGGUGCUGAUCACCUGCACAUAUCGUAGCCAGGAGUUUAUUCGGAUUGGUUACUAUGUGAACAAUGAAUACACAGAUCCAGAGCUUCGUGAAAAUCCACCCAUCAAGCCAGACUACACACAGCUUCAGAGAAAUAUUCUGGCAUCAAACCCACGUGUUACCAGGUUCCAUAUAAACUGGGAAGGUUGUGCAGAGCGAAUGGAAGACUCUGAAAAUGUGGACCCUUCAUCAAACUCCAUGCUCCCGCCAUCCUGUCUCCAAGGUAAGGCUCCACCCAUGGGGAUACUUCCAGAUAACUCCAUGGACUGCCUAUAGAGAUGACCCGGAAGAUGAAGUGACCAGAAAAGUGACAAAACACAGCAUGAGACCUUGCUAACAAAGAACGCCUGUGGACAUUCUCAUGUGGAUGUACAAAACAUGUUUGCUUUACAGCUGCAUUAAGUUCACCAAGGCUUGUUGUCACAAAUGAACUCUCACCUUGGGUGUCAGAUGAGUGUUUGUUACAAGGAAGAUAAGGAACAUCUCAAAGGAAUAUUCAUCACUUAUAGCUGGGGGAUUCCUUGCCACGAAGCUGAAAGCAAUAUUGAAAUAGUUAAACUCCCAGGAGGAAAACCGCUACAAUAAAAAAAAAAUGUUGACAAACUGAAAUAGAGCAGAAAGCUGUGUUGUGAUUGUCCUUCCUUUUUUGUUGGUGCAAAAUGGAUUUGUACCAAUUUAAGAAGAUUUCAACACUGAAGCAAUAGGCAAAUAAAUUGCUGUGUUGCUGAAGUAAAAUGGCAUAAUCUGCUGUUAUAUUUGUCUUCAAAUUCUUUAUGCACUUAGAACCUCUUCCCAGGUAUGACUGGCACUUCCCCCGUUUAUUUUGUUUGCUAUGUUAUGUUCCAAAUAAAAGAACAUUGUAUUUGUUA